AUGCAAGAUGAACGAGAGCUCCGCGGGAAGGGCGAGGCCGCGGAUACAUCUGCCCCCACUUCAUCUACGGACGCCAGGCCAGACACCGCAACCGAUGCAUCGUUGCCUCCGAGCCGAUCCCCAGAAGAUGCGACAGCAUCGUCAGAUCGCGUUUCUCGGCAGCCCGAGACAAGUGCACCUGCAGAGGCUCCAGAGUUGCCUCGUGCGGAUCAGCUAGCCACGAAGGAGGCCCGUGCUGCCACGUCGGCCAGCAUCAAGACCGCCAACACCAUCCCAGACCCAGCCAUCUCGCUCUCCGCAGCCAGACCCAAUAUGCUUCCUCCGCCGAGGUUGAGCACGGCUGCUUCAUCCUUCAUCAAUCCGACUCCAACUUUGACACCCGGUUCGACAUGGGGCCCCACGGCUGCUUCCGCUGCCGCUGCUCGCGCCGAAGCUGCCGAGCCAGGACGCAUAGGCGACCUCAAGCGCUUCACCCUGUGGGAGACCAAGACUCGUUUCUACCUCGUCGCCUACAACACCAGUCAGACCAGGUUCCGUAUUCUGAAAGUAGAUCGAACACCGCCCAGCGCAAACCUCCCGACACGGACGAACGUCGAUACGGAGAGGAGUCGAGAGCAAAGCACCAACGUGAGCGUUGCUGGCUUGCCUAGCCAGCCAGCCACUCCUUCAAUGGCUUCACUUCAGGCGUCAGCAGAGGUUCCAUCCUCCUCCAAACCUCUGGACGCUAAAGUUGAUACUGCCAGAAACAGCAGCCGAGCUCAGCUAUCUUCAAGCGCCGCCGAUUGCUCAGUCCGUGGACAGCGAUACCUGUCGCUAGACGACCCUCAGAUCUGCCGGUUGAAUCGGCGCAUGCUCGAUGCCAAGCAUGUGCCUCGCGAGUCCUCGACGGCGUCAGCCACCGGCGCCGCAGGUGCUUCGGUCAAAGGCUCAGCUUCUGCAGCACCUUCCAAGGCCACCGCUACGGCCAACUCAGCCCUCGACGUCAAGUCCAGCGCAACAACCAGCGCUUCCACCGCCAAGGCAGCCCAAUCGGGAUCUAGCUUGACAGCUUCCAGCUCGACGCUCAAAAGCGUCGCAGCCGACUGGGAGCUUAACGUCACGUCCGAUCGUGUGGUCUACUCACGCACUCAAGUUGCAGAGCUCCUCGAAAUGAUUCGUGAGGGCAACCGCGCCACCGGCGGUCUUCAUGAAGUAGGUCGCUUCUUUGGCAUCGUCGGGUUCAUCCGAUUCACCAGCACAUACUACAUGGUGCUGAUAAGUCGUCGCAGCGUGGUCGGCCUUAUUGGCGGCCACUACAUAUACCACUGUGACGAGACGGUCACUCUCCCAGUGUGUCACCAGUCCGUUUUAGCGUCCCUGCCUGGCCGCACAAAGCUGAUGGAGCAGGAAGAAGCGCGUCUCCUCCAUCUCUUCAAGCAGGUCGAUCUCAGCAAGAACUUCUAUUUCAGCUAUACCUACGACCUGACCAAGACGCUGCAAGAUAACCUCACUUCCGCUCCCGGUGACCCUCUUGAACAAGCCAGCUCCGUGUCACCCUCGAACAAACCUUUAACAGCCUGGGGUUUCAAUGAAAAGUUCAUGUGGAAUCACCACCUGCUGCUUCCCGCCUUUGCCGCUUCGGAGCACUCGCAACCGCACGAAGAUCCCCGCAGCGAGUGGGUGCUGCCUCUCGUGUACGGAUUUGUGGAUCAGGCCAAGCUCAGCGUUCUCAACCGCACAGUGUACACAACUCUAAUCGCUCGAAGAUCGCGACACUUUGCUGGCGCUCGCUUCCUCAAGCGAGGUGUCAAUGAGCAGGGUCAUGUCGCCAACGAUGUCGAGACAGAGCAGAUCGUGAGUGAGGCCCUCACGACGCCCUUCUUUGCUCCCGGGCGCCUGCGAGCCAAAUCCAAGGAUCGGCAUCCUCGUGCUCCAUCAGGCGGCCUGCGAGGCGGCCCUGACCCGAUCAGGGCAAGUCGUCUACGAGAAAAACCAUUCUAUUCAUCGCCACUGCCGAUGGAUGCCAGCAAGCUGGUUGGGCUGGACGCAUCCCAACGUGCAGACGAGAACGACGAAGACGACACUGAUGAUCUUCCGCUCGACGCUUCACCUCGCUACACAUCCUAUGUCAUGAUGAGAGGAAGCAUCCCCGUGUACUGGACUCAAGACUCGACCAAUAUGUCGCCGAAACCCCCGAUCGAGAUUUCGCUGGUGGACCCAUACUAUUCGGCCGCAGCGCUCCAUUUUGAUGAGCUGUUCCACCGUUAUGGCGCUCCCGUCAUCGUCCUGAACCUGAUCAAGAGCAAGGAGAAGGGAGAGCGUGAGGUCAAACUCUUGCGAUCUUUCACAGAGUGCAUCAACUACCUCAACCAAUUCUUGCCGUCUGACAAAAAGAUCCGACACAUUGCAUGGGACAUGAGCCGAGCGAGCAAGGAUCACGACCAGGACGUCAUUGGUAUUCUGGAGGACAUUGCGCAAGAGACUCUCGACACUACACACUUCUUCCAUUCUGGCCCACAACCCGGCGCCGUGCGAUCCCCAACAAGCACGAUCGACAGUGCUUCAGCUCGACGAGAGACGAUCUUAUUGCAGCAAGGGGUUGCGAGGGUCAAUUGCGUCGAUUGUCUCGACAGAACCAACGCCGCGCAGUUCGUGAUCGGCAAAGCCGCUUUGGGGCACCAGCUGCACGCCCUGGGACUGCUCGAAGACCCUUCGCUGCCCUUCGACACCGAUGCCACCGACAUGCUGACCGAGAUGUACCAUGACCUGGGCGACACCAUCGCGAUGCAGUACGGAGGGUCCGCAUUGGCCCAUACCACCGAUACGUACAGGAAAAUCAACCAGUGGACCUCUCAUUCUCGCGACGUGCUCGAGAGUAUGAAACGGUAUUACGCGAAUUCCUUCGCAGACGCAGACAAGCAGGCUGCCAUUAACCUCUUCCUGGGUGUGGAUUCAAUGGCUCCAGACUUCUCUCCGCGCGUCUUCCCAGAGACGGUCGUUGUCCCGCCAGCAGCAGCGACAGCACAAGUACAGAGCAGCAUUCACAACACAAAUUCGACAAAAGCGGUUUUAGCGGUGCCGUUCAGGCCACACUAUCAGCAUUGGUUCGAUCCGUUGCAUCUGAAGCCGCGUGGAACGAUCGAGGCGCGGCAGCGCAGGUUGAAAGAGGUGGCUAAUGCCGAUGCAGGCUUUUGGGCCGAGUACUAUCGACCCAGUCUCUUCACGGACCUCAAUCGUCACCACGCGUUCAAAAUGACUGCUAUCCACCAGUACUCGCACUUGCACGGAGGAGUCUCGCAUAGUUCCGGGGGCCUGGGAAUGCCACACAGCCAGUCUUCAGGGGCGUUGAGUAUGUACUCGACGCAAAUUGGCGGCGCGGCUGAUCUCUCACGUCAUACACGGUCAGCGUCCAACUCGAGCUUGUCCACCGCAACGUUCACUGCCAUGCAGGCCGAGGUGCUGGUCGAGUAUCCGAGUCCAUUCAAGCCGCGUGGCGCAGGAACGGACUCAGGUUCGUACCGGCAGCCUGGACGUCGAUCGAUCGACGACGCACGCAGCUUUACCACGCAGACGUCUGCUACAUUGGUAAACGAUCCGAGAAGCCCGGUCUCACCUCAAAAUGGGGCUCCUUACUCUGCUUCGCCUGGAGACGCAACGAGCGCCUUGCCGCCUUCGAAAGCGAUCAUCGGUGGUGUUAGGCGAUGGAUUUCGAUCAACCGGCCAGGAGGCUCGCCUCGUCUCGGUGGCGUCGGGCAUCGCAGCUCCAAACGCUACAGCAUCGCCUCUUCUGAUGGCGGCGAUGGUGACCACGGCGAUGCGAAUCGGAACCAAUUUGCAACAUCGAAUCGCACCAGCGGUGCGCUCGGCUCCAGCACGGCGCAACCAUCCACGAGCGCUACGGGGGGCUUUGAUCCGCACUCGUUCAACUUUGCCGGUCGGUGGCAGACUGUCAAUCCAGUGGGGCCCGCGGUUGCUGGGUCGAACGUCGCCAUCGAGGCUGCCCUCACCAAGGCGUGCAAUCCACAAAUCUCAGAAGAGGAGGAGUCGGAAUACGCAUUCUACACAACGCAGUUCCUCGACGAACACGCGCGACCUAGUGACAGCAGUCACGUCGACGAAACCGAUGGAAACGUAGAUAUCGCUACUGGGCAUGACGGUAGGGGCGAGACUACUGGUGCGGGUGGCAAAGAUUACCACCUGAUCGACGAGAAGGACAUUCAGAUCUACGAGGAAGGCGUCGCAGUCAGUGACGGAAAGCCGACAGCGGUGGAUCGUUUCGUUCGCUACUCGGUGGUCGAUCCGGUGCUCAUAUCUUAUGCCAGCGCCGUCAGUCAGCUCGCCUUCCCCGUCGCCAAUACAUCGCAUCAGCCAACGCCCAUGACCUCGGGCGGACCCGCCGCCAACAUGACCGGAAUCAUGGCCGCACCCGCGGCUGGAGCGACAGGUCUGCCAGCCUCCGAGGCGAAGAUCCGUGCAUAUAGUUCUUGGCUGUCGCUAGGGCAGACCAAGCUGGCCAGCUUCUGA